AUGCAGGGGGCCCUCACAUUUAAAGAUCUGAAAAGUGCCUUGGAUGUAUUAAAAUCUGGUAAACAGGACCAGUAUUUGGCUCCAAAAUUAAAAUGAUUAUGGUUCUAUGCAUGAAUUAGUGUUGUGCACACUCUUUCCAGUACGUUCUUUGAACUCUCUGCUCGCCUGUGAAUGGCUGUUAUGUGAAGGUGCCCCCAUUGUACUUUUCAAUCUUUGUCCCACUGUACAUUGAAAGCCUUUAUUCACAUACAGUUUCAGUUAGAGUUAGGGAAUAUGUGUGGUCGGACCAUUCUCACCUCAUCGAGCUCUAAAUAAAUAAUAGCAUCCAGGGAUCAACUCGACUUGAAAACACAGUAAUGCCAAUUGCUGUCUCUGAUAUUUUCCCACAUUUGGAUAAGGAAGACGCAAACUCUCUUAAGAAAUGGGAGACUGGUCUAUUCUUGGCCGCUUCCUAACCGAGGUACAAAACCACUCCACAGUCAUUGGCAAAAUAUGGCUGACGAUGCUGCUCAUCUUCCGCAUCCUGCUUGUGGCCCUGGUGGGGGACGCUGUCUACAGCGAUGAGCAGUCCAAGUUUACCUGCAACACCCUCCAGCCUGGAUGCAACAACGUCUGCUAUGACACCUUUGCUCCGGUCUCACACUUGCGCUUUUGGGUAUUUCAGAUUGUCCUUGUCUCCACACCUUCCAUCUUCUACAUUGUGUAUGUCUUGCAAAAAAUCACCAAGAAUGGGAAGUUGGAGGAUACAGAAGUUGUGCAUAGGUCCUCACCUUCUCUUGAGAAGGACCCGCACAUAGGGGGAGAUAAAGAGACAAUAAUAGAAGAUCCUUAUAUCUGUAACACUGAGGGAUGGAGCUUACCUGGAGGUGAAAGUGAGGAAAGGAGUGGAAUGGAUGAACAAAUGAGGGAGGUGGGAAAGGACCCAACCCAGCUCUCCAGCCAAGUUCUCCUUAUCUACAUCAUUCAUGUUCUCCUACGCUCCAUCAUGGAGAUCCUCUUCCUCUUUGGACAGUAUUACCUGUUUGGAUUUGAAGUUCCUCACCUUUUCCGCUGUGAGACCUACCCCUGUCCUAACAAGACCGACUGCUUUGUGUCCCGAGCCACAGAGAAGACCAUCUUUCUCAACUUUAUGUUCAGUGUCAGCCUGGGAUGCUUCAUUUUGAAUAUUGUUGAGCUGCAUUAUCUGGGCUGGAUUUACAUUUUCAGAGUCCUGUUCUCCGCAUGCUGCAUAUGUUGUCGGUCAAAUGGAGACGCUGUGCAGCAGGUGGAACUGUACUCUGAAAACAACCCGCUGUUGCUUGAGCUCAAACACUCUUUGCAUGGCAGAGUGCUGCUGCAGACCACCUCCACAGUGUCCCGGGACAAGAGCAGUGGUGUACCAAACCCGGCCCCGGCCAUCUCGUUUGAGACAGACUCUACAUUGGAGUGCACAUCCAAAAGAAACGAGGAUGAAAAGGAUCACACGAAGACUAGACUGCAAAAUGUGGCUAGAAUGGGGAGAGGCAAAAAAUCAUGGCUAUAAAUCAUUUUGAGCCUUCUGUUGAAUUCUGUAUAUACAAUAAAUAAAU